GAUUUUAAAUCGUACAGAAUAUUGUUGCAAUUUUGAUGUUGGCAAACACAUCAAGAUAUUUUAAAGCUAUUUUUAACCAAGGCUUCCAAAAUAAAUUGUAUCAUCAAAAAUAUUUUAAUAAAAUUAUAAAGAGAUAUUCUGUAUGUAAUUUUGAAUUGUUUUUGAGAAAUAGAAAUUAAACGAAAUCUUUAAUUCCAAUAUGAAACGAAAUUCCAGUGAUAUACCAAGUACUUCAGCAAAAAUAUUAAAACUUUCCGAUUCCAGAAGCACAAAUGUUGGCUUAUUUGUUGAAAAUUUUGAAAAGAAUCGUGAAAAUACUGCAGAUUCAAUUUUGGAUUUUAAUUUUAAUAAAAGAAGAAUUCGGAUAUUAUCAGAUGCAAAAGAAGUUCCCGAAGAGAGUGAAGGAAUUGUUUACUGGAUGUCUAGAGAUGGACGUGUUCAAGAUAAUUGGGCAUUUUUGUUUGCUCAAAAACUAGCUCUCAAAAAUGAAGUUCCUUUAUAUUGUUGUUUCUGUUUGGUUCCAAAAUUUUUAGAUGCUACUAUACGACACUACAAAUUUAUGUUGAAUGGUUUAAAAGAAGUAGAAAAAGAUUGUAAAGAUCUUAAUAUUCAAUUUCAUUUAUUAAUCGGAUAUGCAACUGAAAAAAUACCAGAGUUUUUAGAGAAAUUUAAUAUUGGAGGAAUUGUAUGUGAUUUUAGUCCGUUAAGAGUACCAACAAAAUGGGUCGACGAUGUAAAAAAGAAUCUACCCUCGAAUAUUCCAUUAUGUCAAGUAGAUGCUCAUAAUAUUGUUCCUGUAUGGGAGGCUUCUGAUAAACAGGAGUAUGCUGCAAGAACUAUACGGAACAAGAUAAAUAACAAAUUAAAUACAUUUUUAACAGAAUUUCCGCCAUUGAUAAAACAUAAUUUUAAAAGUAAAUUUAGUUACAAGUCUGUUGAUUGGAAAAGUGCAAUUGAAUCUCUUGAAGUUAACAUGGAUGUAGAAGAAGUUGAAUGGGCGCAACCAGGUUAUACAGCAGCAUGUAUAAAUUUGGAGUCAUUUUGUGAAAAUCGACUGAAAAUAUAUAACGAUAAGCGCAAUGACCCUCUACAGAAUGCAUUAUCAAAUCUUUCACCAUGGUUUCAUUUCGGGCAAAUAUCUGUUCAACGAGCUAUAUUGACUGUUAAGAAAUAUAAAUCAAAAUUUCCUGAUUCUGUUGCAGCUUUUUGUGAGGAAGCUAUUAUUCGAAGAGAAUUAUCUGAUAAUUUUUGCUUUUAUAAUGAAAAUUAUGAUAAUCUUCAAGGUCUUACAUCCUGGGCCUUGAAAACACUAAAUGAUCACAGGAAAGAUAAGAGAGAAUACAUUUAUACUAAAAGUGAUUUUGAAUUAUCAAAAACUCAUGAUGAUUUGUGGAACUCAGCACAAAUUCAAUUAGUUGAAGAAGGAAAAAUGCACGGGUUUUUAAGAAUGUAUUGGGCAAAAAAAAUUCUUGAAUGGACAGAUACUCCGGAAAAAGCUUUAAAAAUUGCAGUAUAUCUAAAUGAUAAGUAUAGUUUAGAUGGUAGAGAUCCUAACGGAUAUGUAGGUUGCAUGUGGUCUAUUGGAGGGAUUCACGAUCAGGGUUGGACUGAAAGACCUAUAUUUGGUAAAAUUCGUUACAUGAAUUAUGCUGGCUGUAAAAGAAAAUUUGAUGUAGUCGCAUUUGUAUCACGAUAUGGUGGUAAAAUUUAUAAAAAACCUAAAAAAUAAACAACUAAGUUAACUACCUACGUCAAUUUAAAAG